AUGUCUUGCCGCUCCUUUCGGGUCAGCUCUGGCCGCCGUGUUGGCAACUUCAGCUCUUGCUCAGCAGUGGUUCCUCAAAAUUUGAACCGUUACCAUACCAACUCAGUCUCCUGCCGAAGUGGUGUCAGCUCUCGGGGAUUAGGUGGUUUUGGAAGCCGGAGUCUAUACAAUGUUGGAUCCUGUUCACCCCGAAAGGUGGCAGUGAGCUCUUAUCCCUGUGGGGUUGGCUUUAGAUCUGGUGGAAGGAUUGGUUUUGGGACUGGAAGUGGCAUUGGCUUUGGCUUUGGACCUAGCAGUGCAUCCUGCUUUGGGGCUGCUGGUAGCAACAUUGGCUUUGGGGCUGGAAGUAGCAUUGGUUAUGGGUUUGGCAGACCUGGUUUUGGGUAUAGAGUUGGUGGAGUCGGAGUCCCGGCUGCACCUUCCAUCACAGCUGUGACUGUCAACCCAAGUCUGCUGACACCUCUCAACCUGGAGAUUGACCCCAAUGUUCAGAGGGUGAAGAAGGAUGAGAAGGAGCAGAUCAAGACUCUGAACAACAAAUUUGCUUCAUUCAUUGACAAGGUUCGAUUCCUGGAACAGCAGAAUAAGCUCCUAGAGACCAAGUGGAACUUUCUCCAAGACCAGAAAUGUGUUAGGAGCAACCUGGAGCCACUCUUCGAGAGCUACGUCACCAAUCUCAGACGGCAGCUGGAUGUGGUCAGCAGUGACCGAGCCCGACUGGAUGCUGAGAGGAACCACUUACAAGAUGUUCUGGAGGGCUUCAAGAAGAAGUAUGAAGAUGAGGUAGUAUGCCGGGCCAAUACAGAGAAUGAGUUUGUGGCUCUGAAGAAGGAUGUGGAUUCAGCUUACUUAAACAAGUCUGACCUGGACACCAAUGUGGAAGCCUUAAUGCAGGAGAAUGAAUUCCUGAGAGCUCUGUAUGAGGAGGAGAUCAGGUUGCUCCACUCCCAGAUCUCAGAAACAUCUGUCAUUGUGAAAAUGGACAACAGCCGAGACCUAGACUUGGAUGGCAUCGUUGCUGAAGUUAAGGAACAAUAUGAGGAGAUCGCCAGGCGAAGCCGGGCUGAUGCUGAAUGCUGGUACCAGUCUAAGUAUGAGGAAAUGAGAGUGACAGCAGGCGUGCACUGUGAUAACCUUCGGAGCACACGUGAUGAAAUCAAUGAGCUAAACCGUCUGAUCCAGAGGCUGAAGGCUGAGAUUGAGCAUGCCAAGGCUCAGCGUGCCAAGAUGGAAGCUGCUGUCGCUGAAGCUGAGCAACAGGGAGAGGCAGCACUCAAUGAUGCCAAGGUCAAACUGGCUGACCUGGAGGCAGCUUUGCAGCAGGCCAAGCAGGACAUGGCCCGUCAGCUGCGUGAGUACCAAGACCUGAUGAAUAUCAAGUUGGCUUUGGAUGUGGAGAUCACCGCCUACAGGAAACUUCUUGAAGGUGAAGAGAACAGGUUCUGUGAAGGUGUUGGACCAGUGAAUAUAUCUGUGAGCAGCUCCAGAGGUGGUGUGAUAUGUGGCUCAGAACCCUUUGCCUCCAGUUCCUCCUAUGCCCGAGGUAGUGGGCAAUGCUUCUCGGGGAGCAGCAAUAUCCGUACCACUACUAGCAGCGGGGUCCUGAGUUCUGGGGGCCUGAGCAGGGGGUCGUCAAGGAUCUCUGCUGCAGGCGGGGAUGUAGCAGUCACCGGCGGAGGAAGCACUAUGAUGGUUGGUGAGGCAUGUGCCCCCUGUCUCCCCACUGAGAGUUUCAGCAGCAGCAGCGGCGGCCGGUGUGCCCGCAGUUCCACUGUCCAGUUUGUCUCUAAUACCUCAUCCCGUCGAAACAAGUACUGA